UCAACACCUUUACACCCCUAAUGUUAUCAAACACGGAGUGAAACCAGUGGAUGGGUGCAUAAUGAAACCUGUCGGCGAAUUUGGUAAAGCAAAAUUUUCGGGGUUUUGAGACCCGCGUGGCACAACAGGAUUCCACUCAUAAUAAAAUGAUCAGUAGUACAAUUUUGGGCAUCCUAUAAAUGGUGUAGUUCCAUGUUCCUCUUUUGGUAUUCAGUCCUCCUUUGCCUCAGGAAUCUAUGGAAAUACCCAUUAGCUUUUAGCUUUAGGUUAAAUCAGUCAAAUAGAAAGAGCGGUAGAAUAUUACACACCAAAAGAAGAGAAAACAGAGAUAUGGAGGAGAAUAAAGCAGUGACUUCCAGCAAGUUCAAAAGGGUUUGUGUCUUUUGUGGAAGCAGCUCCGGCAAGCGAAACAGCUAUCGUGAUGCUGCCCUUGAGCUGGGCAAAGAACUGGUCUCCAGGAGGUUGGAUCUUGUUUAUGGAGGAGGAAGUGUCGGGCUAAUGGGUUUGGUUUCUCAGGAGGUCCACCGAGGUGGAGGACAUGUUAUAGGAAUUAUCCCCAAAACUCUGAUGAGCAAAGAGAUAACUGGGGAAACAGUAGGAGAGGUCAAACCUGUUGCGGACAUGCACCAAAGGAAAGCUGAAAUGGCCCGCCAUUCUGACUGUUUUAUCGCCUUACCGGGUGGAUAUGGAACUCUUGAAGAGUUAUUAGAAGUCAUAGCCUGGGCCCAGCUUGGAAUCCACGACAAGCCUGUUGGCUUGAUUAAUGUGGAUGGCUACUACAAUUAUCUGCUCACCUUCUUAGACAAAGCCGUGGAUGAUGGCUUCAUUAAACCAUCCCAACGUAAUAUCGUUGUCUCCGCUCCAACUGCAAGAGAACUUGUCCAAAAGCUUGAGGAAUACGUGCCAAUGCAUGGUGGAGUUGUUGCUAAGGCGAGAUGGGAGGCUGAACAAUUGGAGCUCAAUUCAUCUUUGUAAACUGAAAUUAUUGCUCGUUAAUUAGUGAAAGAGGACAAAGGUCUCUCUUUCCUUUUAUUUGUUGCCUUUUUUUUUUUUUUGAGAUUUUCUGAUCAGCAAAUUAUGUAAGUCUGCAACUAGCUAGGGUUCUCCUUUCAAUUUUUGUAUGUACUGUAUUACUCUAGGAUAGAAAGGAGGAAAAUCUAUGGGAUGAAAAAAAAAUUAACAAAUUAAGCAAAGUUGUUGUUAACUCCUUGUAUUGGAUGAUAAUGGCAAGUGGGAUUUUCUUUGUCAUAUAGAUGCUUAUAUUUUGUAAAAGUUCCUAGGAAAAUAACACGAAGGAAAAACAAAAAAAAAGCAGCUUUUUGUGCUCUUUUCCA